AUGCUGCGCAAUGCCAACAGGCUCGGUGUUGUGUCAAAGACCUGGCAAGAUAUUGACGAAGGUGCACCUGAAGAGGAGAUUUUCGAUGACGCAGGUAACUUGAUUGAGCUCAAACCUGGUCAGGUAUACAUUACAUGGGUCGAUGGUCAAGAACGUUCGCAAGUCCUCUCUGAGGAUGACCUUGAGCUGUAUGAUCGCGUCCUUGCUCUCGGUGACAUCUGUAAGAAGGAUGUCGACUCGCACCUCUCCGGCACAGUCAUUGAGCAUUCACUCGAGCUGGUAUUGGAACAUACGUUUACGGGACAAAGACUAGAAGGAGUGAAGGGUAUCGAGAUCCGGCAUUCAUUCGAGUACUUGGAGGGAAACUUUGUCAUCUACAACAAUUGGCUCGGUAUCCUCGACGAAGCACAAGAUGCUGUUACGGUUCGACUUCCUAACUCCUCCAUCGUGACAGUUGAACGGGCGGAUGAAUUGGAACCUCCAGAACUUGAGCACAUGGAGGAAUUCCUCCCAGACCGUGUCGCCGUUGGUCAAGUCGUCACCACCACAAAGGGGAACCUGCGUCGCGGGAAGUGGAGAUUUGGCGCAUAUGAUCCGAAGAUCAAGCCUGAGGCUGUGGUGGUGAACGUGGAGACUGAGCGGGUUGUUGUACGGUGGAUCUGUCAGAACCCUAUGCAACACCAAGGGCGGUACAGAGAGAUUCCCGAACCUCAGCCAGUAUGGGAGGGCGAUGAACUCCAGAAACUCCACAUCUUCAGGUCACUUUCGGAUGCGACGACCUUUCAGGUCGGUGAUCGUGUCGUCUUCAACGACCGAGACAACGAAGUGAACACUCGUGGCGUGCGUAGGAUUUCUCGCGAACAGAGCAUGGGCUACGACGUCAACAUCUUCUGCGUCGUAUCGACAAAGAAUUUCGUCCGCGUCCUAUGGCAAGACCUCACGGAAUCAUCACACGCGGCAACCGAGCUCUUCGCGUGGUCAAAUUGGGUAGACGAGUAUGAUUUGUACCCCAACGAGUACGUAACGAAGCGGAACGAGACGAAGGUUGGAGUCGUACAUUCGGUUGAUCCAGCGUCGAGAGUGGCGAAGGUGAGAUGGUUUGUUGAUCCAACCCUUCAGCGAAGAGAGUUUGCUGAGGGGGUUGAGGUGAUGAGUUUGUAUGAGCUUGCGGCGCAUGCGACGGCGCAGGUUCGUCGGGGUGAUCAUGUUAUUCUUCCACCUCAGGGCAGUGAGAAUCCCGUGAUUGACUGGUUUGGUGAGGUUGUGGGUAUCACUCCGGAUGGAAUGGCGAGAGUAAGGCUGGGCAGUGUGGAGGGCGAGCCGAUUGUGGAGAGAGGAAUGACUGAGGUUAUCGUAGUUGAGGAGGAACUGGAGAAUGCAGUCGCGGGAGCAGCUGGAUUCGAUGAGGACGACAGUGAAGGCGAUGAUUGGGAGGAUGAGAGUGAUGAGGGAAUGGAGCCUGAAGCUGAAGCUGAUGCUGAGGGAUGGGUUGAUGUCGAUGAUGAUGAGGAAAUGACUGAUGCUGAGACGGGCGAGUUGCGCGUGGAUCAGAUCACAGACGUCCGGGUCCCCAUCGAUAGCUCAGUGGAGGAGAACAGUCAUUCCGUUCCAUCAGAGAGCGCGAUCUCUGCGUCUACCGAGGUGUCGAAUCAGCUUACUGGUGAUCUCAACAUCCCCAUUAACCACGAGAAGUGGGAGAAGCUCAUGGUUCUUGAGGCAGCCCCGUCGAGUCAUCAUUUUUUCAAUCAGCCCUCUGCCGCAGGUAAUCGCACCUUCAUCUCUCGCAUCCAGAAGGAACACAAAAUCCUUCGUCAGUCGUUGCCUGAGGGUAUUCUAGUGCGAACAUACGAGGACCGUCUGGAUUUGUUGAGGGUAUUGAUCAUCGGCCCGGUGGAUACGCCUACGGAGUAUGCGCCCUGCGUGUUUGAUUUCCAACUUCCUUCGUGUUUCCCGGCUGAUCCGCCACUUGCUUACUUCCACUCCUGGACGAACGGUAUGGGCAGGAUCAAUCCGAACCUGUACGAAGAGGGUAAGGUCUGCUUGAGUUUGCUUGGUACGUGGCAUUCGAAGGAUUCAUCUGAGACUUGGAGCCCGUCGAGCUCGAUUCUCCAGGUGUUGGUCUCCUUGCAGGCUUUGGUGCUCAACCGCGAGCCGUACUAUAACGAAGCUGGCUUUGGGGUUUAUCAGGGAACGCGUGAGGCGGCUGUUAGCUCGAGGUUGUAUUCUGAGAAGGUAUACAUCCUUGCACGAGGAUUUGUCAAGUACGUCCUCGAACACGACAUCGAUGGCUUUGCGGACGAGCUCAAGUGGCUGUACGCCGCCUCCGACGGUCCACACUUCCUCAAAAAAGUCGUUGAGAGCGGACGAGAAAUCCUGGAGCGCAGCAUCGGCGAGCCAGCGACCGCCACCGAAGAUCAGGAUCUCGGCAAGGAGGGCGUGGGUAGGUUGACGCCUGGUGCGUCAAGUUGGUUCAAGCGAACCUUGAGCUCUUUGGAAGAGCAUUUAGCGGAGAUCGAAACGGCAUGA